GUGAGGGACGGGAUGAAGUUGCGCCUAAAGUCCGCGCCGGCACGCCAAUCUUCCACUUCCGCGCAUCAGGCUGUCGUCAUGCAUGCAUCCGCCUGCCAAUAAAUACUUUAAUUGUUGCACCAUCCUCGUCGCCAAUUGACUUCCACCGAGACUACCUCGUCGGUCGCUACUCCCCUCUCCUCCAACCCUCCCAUCGCGGAGCAGGCGCGGCCGACCAUGGACUCUCCCAAUCCCUCCUCCACCAUCCAUCUCUGCGUCCUUGUCCACGGCCUCUGGGGCAAUCCCGUCCAUCUCAACCACCUCCGCGACGCGCUACAAGCCCAACACCCACAAGACAGGCUGCACAUCCUCGUGGCAAAGAGCAAUGCAGACUACAACACCUACGACGGCAUCGAAGUCGGCGGCGAACGCGUCACCCACGAAGUCGAACAGACCAUUCGCGAGCUGGAGAAGGAGGGGGCAAAAGUGCAGAAGAUCAGCGUGACGGGCUACUCGCUCGGCGGGCUGGUGGCGCGAUAUGCAAUCGGACUGCUGUACAAGAGCGGCGUCUUUGACAAAGUCGAGCCCGUCAACUUCGCCACCUUUGCCACGCCGCAUCUCGGCGUGCGCACGCCCAAGCUGGGCUACCGCGCGUACAUUUGGAACAUCAUGGGCUCCAAGACGCUCAGCACGUCGGGCGAGCAGAUGUUCACCUUUGAUACCUUCCGCGACACCGGCCGGCCGCUGCUGAGCAUCAUGGCGGAUCGACAGAGCAUCUUCAUGAAAGGUCUACGCAUGUUUAAGAAUAAAUCACUCUACGCCAACACCAUCAAUGAUCGCAGUGUACCCUACUACACCGCCUUCAUCAGCCGCACAGAUCCGUACGUCGAUCUGGAGAAGGUGGAUCUGCACUACCAGCGCGGCCAAGAGGAUCCAGUCGUCCUCGAACCCACCCUUCCAGUCACCCUCAAGAAGCCUCGAACGGAGCAGCUCACUACAUACGAACGCCUCAGUGUUCUGACACAACAGACAAAAACGACACUGCCCUUCUACGCCCUACUCUUCACCCUGCUUCCCAUCGCCCUUCCCGCCUUCCUCGUCAACUCCGUCUACCAAACCUACAGAUCCGUCCAGCGCGUCAAGCUACACGAGUCAGAUCACGCGGGGAUUGGGCUAGGACGAUACAGAAUACCACUUUUCGAAGAAGCGCAACACGUCCAAGACCGCGUUUACGAGGAACUAGCCGAGAGGAGCAGAGAAGAGUACCUCCCGACUCCGCCGCCCGAGCCCGCAUCAUCCGCUAUCUCCUCUUCGUCUGCAUCCGACACGGCUAAACUGUCAAGAACGGAGACCGCCAAGGAGGACUCGCCGUUCCCUGUUCUUGCUUUGACGGAGGAGCAGUUCGAGAUGAUUGACAAUCUGGACUCGUUGGACUUUACGAAAUUUCCCGUGCAUAUUCAGCGCCAUCGGCAUACGCAUGCCGCCAUUGUUGUGAGGAUGCAGAAGGAUGCUUUUGCCGAGGGAAGAGUGGUGGUGAGGCAUUGGGCGCAAAGGUUUGAGAUAUGACGAUGUGAAGGAGCCAUUGUCAACGCCAAGCUUGCUUGAGAGAUGGAGAAGUUGCUAUGCCGCCAACUGCGAAAUCCGUAUGCGCUGCAGUUGUGAAGGUUCGGGCUAUCGGUGCGGUUACCGCCCUGUGAUUUGCUCAUCAUCUGCGUGACUAUUCGCUCGCGAGGUCAUUGAGAGCAACGACCAGCGUCGCUCUCCUCUCUC